GUCACACGCAAGACAAACCAACCAUCCCGCGUCUCGUCAGUUCAUUUGAAAUUCGUAGUGAACGCACGCCUGCGCAGUGCGUCAAAAAUUACCGCGAAUGAAUUUUAACAUUCCGUGUUAAAAAAAUAGAAAACAUUGUUUAUACAAGUGAAUGAAUAGUGUUUAGUGCAAAUAUUUAUUUAAAUUAAAGUGUUUUGUGUGUGUAAACUUUUAUUGGAUACCAAAAAUGGCGGGCAUGAACCCACGUCUUGCCUUUGCCAUCCUGUCCUCUGCAUGUUGGUCAGCCUUUCAACAUGGGUACAACACAGGAGUACUGAAUGCACCUCAAGCGGUUAUUGCGGAAUGGCUACAAAAAGACGUUCUAACCGGCACGAAUUUAACACUCCGGGCUAUGGAUGAUCCUAAAGUGAUGACGACGCUGUCUAUAGCUGUGGCCAUUUAUUGCGUGGGCGGCAUGAUUGGAGGUAUCAUCACUGGGGUUGUAGCUGACAGGCUGGGCAGACAAGGAGGUCUACUCUGGAAUAACCUCCUCGUGUUUGCAGCCGCCAUUCUUGAAGGGACGGCCAAAAUUGCGAAUUCUGCUGAGAUGCUUAUUUUGGGCAGGCUUCUGAUCGGAGUGAACAGCGGUCUCAAUGCCGGUUUGGCUCCGCUGUAUUUGGCUGAAAUAUCGCCCGUGUCACUCAGGGGAUCUAUAGGAACAGUCUACCAGUUGGUGAUAACGAUCACCAUUCUUCUAUCACAAGUCCUAGGUUUGGAGGCGGUGCUAGGAACACCAAAUGGCUGGCCGUAUCUCCUAGCCUUGACGGCUAUACCAGCAGUCAUUCAAGUAAUCACAUUACCAUUAUGCCCUGAAUCUCCGAAGUAUUUACUACUGAAUAAAGGUCAAGAACUACACGCGCAAAGAGCUCUAAACUGGCUAAGAGGGGAUGUCGCCGUUCACGGAGAAAUCGAAGAAAUGCAUCAGGAAGCGGAGAAGAACAAAAUUAGCAGGAAGGUGACGCUGAGAGAAUUAUUCGCGAACCGUCAACUUCGCCAGCCGCUUAUAAUCGCCAUGAUGAUGAUGAUAGCCCAGCAAUUCUCGGGGAUUAACGCUGUUAUAUUCUUCUCAACGGAUAUCUUCACUAGAGUGCAACUCGGUCAGACUGAAUCGCAGUAUGCUACGCUUGGCAUGGGUGCUAUGAAUGUUGUGAUGACUAUCAUCAGUCUUCUUCUCGUGGAGAUAGCUGGACGCAAGACCUUACUGCUAAUUGGAUUCGGAGGCAUGUUCCUGUGUUCCGUCGGUCUGUGCGUCGCGUAUUUAUAUUCCAUAUUACCGUGGGUAUCAUACGUGUGCAUCGCUUUGGUGAUACUCUUUGUCGUUAUGUUUGCUGUCGGCCCUGGCUCCAUACCCUGGUUCUUGGUCACUGAAUUAUUCAAUCAAUCUUCGCGACCUGCAGCGACAUCUGUGGCGGUUACAGUCAACUGGACGGCCAACUUUAUCGUCGGUCUUAGUUUUCUACAACUUUCCGCAAUCCUGGGAGCGAAUGUUUUCAUUAUAUUCGCGAUUCUACAACUAAUAUUCAUAUUUUUCAUAUAUUGUAAAGUCCCAGAAACAAAGAAUAAGACUGUUGAAGAAAUCACGGCGAUGUUCCGACAACAGAUUUAAUUUUCGAGCUGAGCCGAAUGUUUUCGAGAUAACCCGAAAGUUUUCGAGCUUGAACCUUUAUGUGAUCGGGACGGUAGUUGAAAUAUUGUACGUUUUGAUGAAAUGAAAACUGAAAAUUGGUUGUAAAGUGAAGAAAAGAAAACAAUACUAGUUUUAAAGUAUGUACUUAUUUUAGAUUUGAUAAUUAUACCUACAUGUAGUAGUUCUAUGUGGGAAUCGAACAAACACGUAAACGAGUGACUACACGGUUGGUGCAGUGGCUGGGUAACUGGUUACCGCGCAACGUGUCGCGGGAUCGAUACCCGCACCGAACAACUCUGUGUGAUCCACAAAUUGUUGUUCCGGGUCUGUGUAUGUAAAAUUGUAUGUUUGUUAACGCAUCCACGAUACAGGAGAAAAUCAUAGUGUAGGACAAAAAUAAACAAUUGAAGUAGGUGAUCGCCCAGCCACCGCGUCAACUAUGCAGGAAAUAAAUCUGUAUAAUACAUAGCGUGAUGUUUUAUAGCCUCGAUUAAUGGACUAAGUAUCCAACAUAAAAAUUAUUAUUCAAUUCGAACCAGGAGUUCCGUAGAUUAAUGCCCGAUUUCUGAAAGGCUUGUCAACGCUAAAAUUAACUAAUCUCCUGUUAAAUCUCUUGUUAAGUCAUCUGAUUGGUUGUUGAUAAUAAUUCAGUCAACCAAUCAGAUGACUUGACAAGAGUUUAAAUUGAUUUUAACAUUGAUCGGGCUUUCGGAAACCGGGUGUUAGUCUAUCAAGCAAACAAACUCUUCAGCCUUAUAAUAUU